UGAGGCUGGCCCCGGCCACGAGGUCCUGCCACCGUGGGGACACCGGUACCCUGCUCGUCCCCGCUCCGGCAGCGUGGUGGAGCUGGGGAACAUCUGCCCUGGGCUCCGGGGCUGGAUCCUGGGGCUCGGCCCCCUCUGUUAAUGGGUAGCCGUCCCGUGGGUCCUCCUCGCUGUGACCCCGCAGAUAAGCACCCGGCCACCUAUUUUAAGCCUCGAGUGGAGCAGGAGGCAGCAGGAGAGGAACCCAUCCGGGGGUUUGGGACCCCCUCUCCUCACUCUGCUGGGACCCCAGCCCUCUGUGACCUGAGGACCUGCAGAUGGCAGCAGGGAUGGAGGCUGCGAUGGGGCUGCUGGGGAGCCCCGGUGGUGUCUCGGUCACCGAGGUCCUGCUGGCGGCUGCUGUCUUCUGCCUGCUCCUGCUGCUCACCCAGCCCCUGCGGCGCUGUGUGCCCAAGGGGCUGAAGCCCCCCCCGGGCCCCCGCGGCCUCCCCAUCGUGGGCAACGCGCUGGAGCUGAGGAAGGACCCGCACCUGGCCCUGACGCGGCUGAGCCAGAAGUACGGGGACGUGAUGGAGGUGGCCAUCGGCACCCAGCCCGUGCUGGUGCUGAGCGGGCUGGACACCCUGCGGCAGGCGCUGGUGAGGCAAGGGGAGGACUUCAUGGGGCGCCCCGACCUGCCCAGUUUCCGACACAUCACAGACGGGCAGAGCCUGGGCUUCAGCCCUGACUCAGGGGAAGUGUGGAAAGCGCGCCGCAGGCUGGCCCAGAACGCCCUGAAGACCUUCUCCAUCGCCGCCAGCCCCACGUCGUCCUGCAGCUGCCUCCUGGAGGAGCACGUCUCCAAGGAGGCCGCCUACCUGGUCACCAAGUUCCUGCAGCUGAUGGAGGAGCAGCAGAGCUUUGACCCGUGCCGCUACCUGGUGGUCUCGGUGGCCAACGUCAUCUGUGCCAUGUGCUUCGGCAAGCGCUACGACCACAAUGACCAGGAGCUGCUCAGCCUGGUCAACGACAGCGAGAAGUUCGGGGACGUGGCGGCUGCUGGCAACCUCUCGGACUUCAUCCCGCUGCUCCGCUACCUGCCCAGCCGCGCCAUGGAUCUCUUUAAAGAUUUCAACGAGCGGUUCAUCCGUUUCCUGCAGGCGAUUGUCAAGGAGCACUACGAGACGUAUGACAAGGACAACAUCCGAGACAUCACCGACUCCCUCAUCGAGCAGUGCCUGGAGAAGAAAGAAGCCAGCACCGCUGCGCGGAUCCCUGAUGAGAAGAUUGUCAACCUGGUCAACGACCUCUUCGGAGCAGGCUUUGACAGCGUGACAAACGCCCUGUCCUGGUGCCUCAUGUACCUGGUGACAUACCCCGACAUCCAGAAGAGGAUCCAGGCGGAACUGGAUCAGACCAUCGGCCGGGAGAGGAGACCGCGGCUGUCAGACCAAGGCACGCUGCCCUACACGGAAGCCUUCAUCCUGGAGAUGUUCAGGCACUGUUCCUUCCUGCCCUUCACCAUCCCACACAGCACAACCAGGGACACGGCGCUGAACGGCUACUACAUCCCAAAGGGCCGUUGCGUGUUCAUCAACCAGUGGCAGGUGAACCAUGACGAGAAACUUUGGAAGGACCCGCACGUUUUCAACCCAGAGCGUUUCCUCAACGCCGAAGGGACUGAGGUGAACAAAGAGGACGGGGAGAAGGUGCUGGUCUUCGGCCUGGGGAAGAGGAGGUGCAUCGGGGAGUUCAUCGGCAGGAGGCAGGUCUUCCUUUUCCUGACCACCUUGCUGCAGCAGCUGGAGUUCAGCGUCCGCGACGGCAGGCGGGUGGACAUGACGCCGCGCUACGGACUCUCACUGAAACACAAGCGAUGCGAGCACUUCCAGGUCAAGCAGCGCUUCCCCAUGGCAAGCUUGAGCUGAGCAUCAGGCUCAUCCCCUGCCAUGGGUGCCCUCGCACCAGCCCCAGGACAGGCACAACCUUGCAGGGCCACCCAAUACACCAAAGCCAUUGAAGCAUCCCUUUUAUCUUGUUUGCCUUCUACCGUUUUCCUCCUUCUACAUUUUCCGGCGUUUCUGCUGUUGGAUAUUCCGUCGUGUCUAGGCUUAUCACUGCAAAGCUCAUCUUGGAGAUUUUGGGAAAACAUCUUGGAAAAACACUAAUACAUCUCCAAGUCCCCUAA